AUAGUACAGAGGCAAUCUAUUUCACCGAGCCUCUCUCCGAGACAGAGCCCAGAUCGUUACGCCUUUCGUGCGGGUCGGAACUUACCCGACAAGGAAUUUUGCUACCUUAGGACAAUUAUAGUUACGGCUGUCGUUCACCGGGGCUUCGGUCGCCGGCUCCCCAGUCAUCAGGUCACCAACUUCCUUGACCUUCCGGCAUUGGGCAAAAAAAGAAAUAAGUAA